AUGUUGCGUACUUCACUAGCACCCCAUUUCAAGACCGCACAUCUUCGUUUUCGACGCAUCACAACCUCUUCCGCAGACAUCCAAGCCCUCGAUAAAUGGAUCGCCACGCCGCAACGCACGCAGAUACACGAUACCUUGUCAGAAGGCCACAUCUCAGACCUCUUCGUCACAAUUCCCACCCGUGAUGGGACGCGUGCAGCAUUUCGGCGCCCUCGUUCUGGUUCUCCAUUGAGUCCCGGGCAUCACCUCGUCUUUUUCCACCCCCGGCACCCCGAACACGCCUUGAGACCUGAUGGCACCGAGCCCGAUUUCUGCCCGCCCGAGCCGUUCACGAGGAGGAUGUGGGUGGGGGGAAAGAUAAGGUGGAACCACGAUAAGCCGCUCGUGGUGGGAGGGAAAGCAACCGCGACGUGGGAAAUCGAGAAUGUCGCGAAGAAAGGGUUCGAGAAAGAAAGCCCGAUGGUGUUUGUGAAUCAGAGAAUCAGAUACAGGAUGGAGGGCAUGUCGGAUAGCGAUGUAUGUGUGGAUGAGGAGCGAUCCCACGUCUAUCUCGCCCAUGCAGCAAAGGGCACAAAGGCGCCUCGUGAAGUGAAAGAUAUCCCCAAAUCCUCCGAUUUUUCAUUUUCAUUCACACCUACCCCAACUACCCUAUUUCGUUUCUCAGCUCUCAUCUUCAACGCGCACUUCAAUCAUCUAGAUAAGGAAUUCUCCCAGCAGGUUGAAGGUUAUCCAGAACGCCUUGUUCAUGGGCCUUUGACGGCUCUGAUGCUCCUUGACGCGACCACGUUCUGCAACCAAGGGUCCCAAAUCAAAUCGUUUGAGUAUCGCGCGACCAACCCACUUAUCGUCAACCGUGAGCUAACGUUCCAUGGCUCUUGGCUGCAAGAUAAGCAAGCUAAAGUUUGGUGUAUCGAUGAUGAGGGCGUUGUCGGAAUGACUGGAUUGAUUGAAGUAGCUUGA